AUGGAAACCACCAUGGAAGAGACAAUGUUUCGAGGUUGUAGAGAAUCAGUAUAUUUGGUUCUUAAUCGAAGAAUAUUUGUUGAUCUAACUCGGAAAUUGGCCAAUGUAAUACAACAAGAAGAAUUAAUGUUUGGUAUUUUCAUCGAAUCGGUGAUAACCAAAGAUGAAGAUUGCAUUAGAUCCAUGGCGAAUAUGUUAGCGAUAUGUAUUAUGUAA